AUGCCUGUUGAGCUGCGCAAGCGCAAGGCCCCCGUGGCGCCGCCCGCGCCCGCGCCGACCAAGAAGAAGGCGGCUACUAAUAGGGGACGAAAGCCCGCCGCUUCCAAGGCAAAGGAGGACGCCAAGAAGCCCGACGCCGAGGCGGACAAGAAGAAGCCGUCCAAGGACGAGGAGGCGACCGAUUCUGCGCCGGAAGACGCAGCUGCCCCUGAGGGAGAACAAAAGGCCGCCAAGGCUGAGGCCAAGGACGAGGAGAAGAAGCCUGCUGCUGCGGGCAAGGUGGCUGUUGGCGAUGUCGUUGACCUUGAGGGAUUCGGCGGCGAGAUUCAAACGAAUGAUGGCGACAAGACGACUUUGAAGAAGCUGGUUGAUGAUAGCAAGAGCGGUGUUGUUUUGUUCACCUACCCCAAGGCGUCGACUCCGGGAUGCACCACCCAAGUGUGCCUGUUCCGCGACUCCUAUGAGCCUCUGACCGCCGACGGCCUCGCCAUCUACGGCCUGAGCGCCGACUCACCCAAGGCCAACACCACCUUCAAGGAGAAGCAGAAGUUGCCUUAUCCCCUCCUGUGCGACACCGGCGCGACUCUCAUCGCGGCCAUUGGCUUGAAGAAGCAACCUAAGGGAACCCAGCGCGGCGUGUUUGUCAUCAGCAAGGAGGGCAAGGUGCUCGUUGCCGAGCCUGGCGGUCCUGCUGCUACUGUGGAGAGAGUCAAGGCUCUGGUUGAAGAGUUGAAGGGAAAG